AUGGCGACCAAAAAGUCCAAAGCUGCCGCCCCGACCGACGAUGAACUGGCCCAGAUGCUCGAGGGUCUCGAAGCAGAUGCCAAACCUCCGUCCAAGGGAGCGACCGCCGCCUCCAAGCCAACAAAGCCGGCGGCGGCGACCCAGUCCGAGCAGGACUUGCUGGCGGAGCUGGACAAUCUAGAGAAUCUGGGCAACCAGCCACCAUCGAGACCACACACCCCUCGCAUCAGCUCCAUCAAGCGAACUGCGACUGCUACACCUCCACCCGCCUCUUCACGGACGAGCGAGGAGAAGGCAGCUCUCAGGAAGUCGGGCGAUAGCACACGGUCGUUCCACACCUCGUUCACGCCUUCGGCUACAAGCAGCGACCUGCAAGAAGCUGAGAAGAGGGCCUCCAUUGCUCAGCCGGUUGAAGAAGCUCCUGUUGCAACUGGUGGCGGCUGGUGGGGUUCGGUAUUCGCAACUGCAAGCGCUGCUGUCAAGACUGCCGAGAAUGCGGUCAAAGAAAUCCAACAGAACGAGGAAGCCAAGCGAUGGGCGGAGCAAGUCAAGGGCAAUGUUGGAGUACUGAGGGGGAUUGGCGGCGAGCUUCGCUCCAGAGCCCUCCCAACCUUUACCAACAUCCUGCACACCCUCGCACCCCCCAUUUCCUCCCACGAACGUCUUCAAAUCCACAUCACCCACGAUUUCAUUGGCUACCCCUCCCUCGAUCCCCUCAUAUACAGCACCUUCUCGCGGGUGAUGGCCCAAGUGGAAGGCGGCGACCUACUAGUCAUCCAACGCGGCCACGAAUCAACCGCGCGUAGAAAUUCGGAGGCAGGAUAUUCCGGCGGUAGUGCAGGCUGGAGCGACGGCCCCUGGUGGCGCCAGAGCAACGAGCACCGAGACCUGGGCUCCGUCAAGGGACUGGUGGAGGGAACGAAGUUGGUGAGAGUAAGUGCCGAAGCCUAUGCCACCGAAUAUCUUUCCUCGCACGGCGGUCUUGAAGCCGCUGCUCAGCGCGCAACCGAGAAUCUGAGCGAGUCGAACCCAGUGCGGAGCAGCGACAUCUUUCUUGCUGUGCAGGCCAUUUCGCAUGGUGCCCCGGAAGAGCUUUUCCAAGGGUCACCCAAGGAAAAGGAAGACGGCGCUGUCGUGGAGGAUAAAGAAUCAGUGGACGAGUUGAUCUCAUUUGCCAUUUACCUGCAUGAUCCUGUGCAUAGUAUUACGUUCCACACCCUUACGCAAAGCGUACCAGCGAAGUGGAUGAGAUGGCUUGAUGCGUCAUCGCCCAUGACACCUGCGAGUCCAGCUUCCCCUAGCGAUCAGCACAAGAGCGGGUUCUUCGGCAACGAUCAGGAGGGGUGGCAACAAAGCGGAUUGCCGGACGAGAUUAAGGAGAUUAUCGAGAGCGGUGGUGUAGAUCCCAGGGAGUGGGUUGCGGAGUGGGUCGAGGAGCUGCUCACGCUGGGCGUAGGUGUUGUGGCGCAGAGGUAUGUUGCGCGGAGGAUGGGUGUUGGAGAGGGGGGGAUUGGGAAGGGAAAGGCGAGGCAGGAAGAGAUUAUGGAGGAUGGGGGCGGGGAGGCUGCUAGGGCAGGAUUGUUUUAA